GAACGAACGAACGAAUCCAUGCGUGGUACGUCUACAAGAUGCUGUGUGUCGAGGUGUUUGGGGUACCGUUCAUUCCUGAACAUCACUCGCCUCAUUAUCCACCGGGUAUGAGUGUGUGCUCUUGAACUUGAGGCAACCAUCCAUCCAUCCAUCCAUCGGAUGUGCAGAACAACCGAGCUGUGCGUAGCCCUGGGCUCCAGGACAGUACGUAUUAUUGUACGUACAUGUAGGUAUAGCUUCAUGGUUGUCCGUCUCGGAAUCACGCCCGAGAGAAGUGGAGAGAGAGACACACACAAAAAGACGUGGGAUAGGAUCGACUUCGAGGCCUGUACAACAGUCCUAUUACGCCUACAUGUUUGCUGGUGGUGGCCAGAGAAGAUUCCCUCCGAUCCGAGAAGUGGACAUCUGGGGCUCUGAUAGUUCGUUUGACUGACCUGGGAUCGGAUCUGGAAGUGAAAGGCCCAAGUGAUUGACCCAGUGGAAGGUGAUGAAGGCGACGGGCUCUCUAGAUCGGAUCGAACGGGCCUCCUCGGUCUCUUCGGACACCUCGAGUUCGACCUCGUCGUCUUCAAGUAGCUCAUCGGAUGAGAAGGACCCCUUGCUGAGCGCCACCAUCGUACCCAAGCGGAGGUCUUCAUCCCUGGCCGAGGAUCAUCCUGAUGACAAUGCCGAUGAGGUGGAGUAUUUGUACGAGCAGGAUUUCUUCACCCUCAGGGCCGAAUGUCUAAAGGCCAAGAAGCUCUUUGAGGACCCCGAGUUCCCACCCGAUAAUGACCUCCUCCGGAAACGAAGUGCCAGACACUUUGAUGAUCUGGAGUGGUUGAGGCCGCAUGAGUUCGUCCGACCCGACGAACCCAUAUUGGUGUCGGAUCGGAAUGAAGGCUUUGAUAUUCGAGUGGGAUUGGACUCUUGGUUUGUGCCAGCCAUGGGUGCUGUGGCCGAGAGUGAAGCCCUUCUCAAUCAAGUGGUCCCUCAAGAUCAAGGAUUUACAGCCAAAGAAAGCUACGCCGGGAUCUUCCACUUCAGGUUUUGGUUUGGACGAUGGAUUGAAAUCGUGGUGGACGAUCGGCUUCCCAUUAAGAACGGCACACCUUUGUACAUGAAGUCGGCUUGCGUGGAGGAAUUCUGGCCUGCUUUGUUGGAGAAGGCGUAUGCCAAGGCCAAAGGCUCUUAUGAGCUCUUGAAUCAUUGGAUGCCAAUCGAUGGAUGCAUUGAAUUGACUGGAGGUGUACCAGAGCGGGUUCGGGACCUACCCGAUUUGCUCUCGAUGGAUGCCAGACACGCUGACCGGCUCUUCUUUGACCUUCUUCGAGCCUCGCAAUUGGGAAAUGUCAUCUUGGCCACAACUGCUAUCAAAACCCGACAAACCAGGCUAUGUCUGGCGGAGGCUGGUCAAUUGGGACUUCACGUCAAGUAUGCAUAUAGGGUCACUCGAGUAGCUUACCUGGGAGAGGGACAGCAGCUUAUCCGGGUGAAAAAUUGCUCCGGACCUCUUCAUGUCAAUUGGAUUGGAGCAUGGCAUCCCACCGAUACGAGAUGGGCCAAUGUCUCGGAGGACAUCAAGAAAGAGCUGGAAACCGAGACUUACCAGGAUGGUGGCUUUUGGAUGGCUUACGGAGACUUCCUGAAAUAUUUCAAGACUGUGGACAUUUGUCAUCUGAACCACGAGGUUGACCAAGAUAUCACGUUUCACGGCCGUUGGGAGGUGGGCCUGAAUGCCGGAGGCGUCCAAAAGGGGGACUUUAAGAAUUACUCAAAGAACCCACAAUGUUUCAUUCGCCUCAACGAUUGCGACCCAAGUGAUCCUGAUGGGCGUUGCUCGGCUGUGAUAUCUCUUAUGCAACGACGGGAACCAAAGAGUCGGGCCAAAGGCCUCAAUCAGGUUGGAUUCAAGGUUUACCGGGUUGAAGAUCACUGUGAGGAGCUCUCCACUCAAUUUUUUGCCUAUAGACGGAACGAUGGUUUUCACAAGUGUGUGGCCAAGACUCCCACUUGGCAAGACGGACGUGAAUCCAAUAUUAGAGUCCGACUUUCCCCUGGCAAAUACUGCAUCAUUCCUAGUACCUUCUUUCCCGAUCGCGAGGGCGACUUUAUUCUCCGGGUUCAUAUCGAACGAUAUUCCCGGGAAACGGCCGAUGAACUCAUGAAACGCCCCUUACACGCUAUCGAGUCGGUGGAAUGAAAACCCUGUUCCACUGUCUUCCCCUUUAGUGAUUAUCCAGUAACCAAAUACCACUGUGCACUAACGAAUCCAGUCUAUUUUCGAACGGCAUUAACCACUUUUGAAAGCUUAUAUUAAUAUCAAUAACAUUCGCUAACUUAUGAAGUAUAAUGAAUAAAUAAUCUCUGCACGUUAGGAUAGAAAA